AUGGAUCGAGACUUCAUGGAACAAUUAUGGAGCGAGCGCCACUACGGAACACCGCUCGCCAUCAUCUUCAUGGUGAUGCCCACGAUCGCCGUUGCCUUGCGUCUGUACGCGAAGAUCACAGCUCAUCAACAGCUUGAACUAAGUGAUUACUUGUCCAUUACUGCAUGGGCUCAUACAGCAGGCCUGUUCAUAUCUUUGCUGGUGGCCGUGUACUUACCGGCCUCAUAUCUGGACAAUCCUACCGGCAUCGAUGAGCCAGUAUCCAAGAUUACAUUCUCUCUCAACCUCUUGUGGGUUGGCGCCUGCUACAGCUGCAAGCUGUCGAUUCUUUGCCUCUACUAUCGCCUACUGAGUACACCAAACAGUACUUUUCGUCGAGUAGUCCAGGCAAUGUUCAUUCUAACGGUCUGCGUGGGUGUCGCGAGCGCUCUGGGCUUCCUCUUGAUUUUCAAGGAUAUGUCGUGGUGGUGGACAACAGGAUUGAGAUCACACCCCGUGCAACUGGCGCAAAUGAUCCAGAUGAAUGAAGCCAUCGACAUCCUGUCGCUUCUCACAGAUGUCAUUUUGUUCGCGAUGCCUUUGCCUGUUAUCAGGAAAUUGAGCCUCGACAAGCAGAAGAAGCGGUUGCUUAUUGGUCUAUUCUCACUUGGGUUUUUGACCUGCAUCGAAGUUGUCAUCAGAAUCAUUACCACAUAUGGCUUCGACGGUGCUCUAGAUGCUAUCCAAGUACAGUGUCUCUUGAUGGGCAUUGAGCCGGCGAUGGGCAUUACGCUGUGCUCACUACCUGUCUUCUUGCGAUUGUUCCGAAAGAGCCACAACAACUCAAGCGGUCGUAGCUAUGCGUCCGGAGAUCGUGGCAACUUCUAUUCUCUAGGCCCUAUGAGUGGUAAACAUUCAACAACCAGAGAUCCUGAUGGUGCUUUGUUGGAAUCAACUGUCGGAAAGCCACAACCAGUGGUUGUGCAGACAGAGAUCACUGUCCAUUCUUCGCGGAGCGGGUAUAACGACUCUCUCGAAUCCCAGGAGGGUUACUGGAAAUGA